AUGCUUCAACAGAAAAAUCCCGGGACGUUGACAGAUUUUGUCACUGAGGAAGAUCGAUUCAAAUAUUGCUUUUUCUCACUCAGAGUUAGUAGAAGAAGGUUUCGUACAUGUCGUCCUGUGUUAUGUGUGGAAGACACUUUUUUAAAGACAAAAUACGGUGGGCAGAUGUUAUGUGCAGUCGCGCUGGAUGCAAAUAACCAUCUAUAUCCAGUUGCAUUUGGUAUUGUGGAUAGUGAGAAUCAUGAUUCUUCGAAGUAUUUCAUGUCAAAGCUAAAGGAAGUGAUUGGGGAAGUUGAGGACCUGACAUUUGUAUCUGACAGGCAUGCAAGUAUUACACAUGCCUUGGAAACUAUUUUCCCCGAUGCCUAUCACGGUGCUUCCUACCACCACAUUAGUAUGAAUGUGGUUGCUAAAUUCAAGACUGAUCAUUGUCAUGUGUUGAUGUAUAAUGCGGCAUAUGCUUUUAGGAAAUCCGAGUUCCACUCUAACUUCGAAAAAAUCAAAUCAAAUGACCUAGCCAUUGCCCAAUACCUAGAAGGCAUGGGUUUUGAUAAGUGGUCCCGUGCUUACUUUCCUGGAAAUAGGUAUAAUAUAAUGACAAGCAAUUAUGCUGAAAGUUUCAACAAUAAGACCCGGGACGCUAGGAGCUUUCCGAUAACUACAUUCGUCAAAUUUUUUCGCUUCACACUACAGUCCUGGUUCUAUGAUAGGAGAGAAACUAGCGAGAAGACAACUACAACUCUUGCACCGACCUAUGAGAAAAAUUUGGUGGAUAUGGCUGAGAAAGCCCGAUUCUUGAUUCCUUAUGAAACAGGGAGAUGGAAUAUACACAAAACAAAGAAAAACAGAGAGAAUGAAGAAUAUGCUCAGCUCAUCAUAUGA